UUGAAUUGUAAUUUAUUUGCUAUAAUUAUGCAUAUUCUCAAUUUUAUAUAAUAUUAUUAAUUUUUAUAAUCUAUACCUAUGUCACGAGAUUUUUGUGGAACAGUUAAAUGUAAGUCUUGGCCUUAUCAGCAAUAUUACAUCGGAAAUAAAGAUGAGGUAAACAGAAGGAAUGGCGAUGGUGAGAACCACUGGACGGGGGCGAAGUCAUUGGAGAGAUAUUCUGGUCAAUUCUUACGUGACACAAUGCACGGCUUAGGAGAAUAUUUUUGGCGAUAUCUCGAUAAAGAAGGAGCGUUUUACACUUACGAAGGACACUUCUAUUGCAACAAACUUCACGGCUAUGGUAGUCUAUCCUAUCCUGAUGGACGCGUCUUUAAUGGUUUAUUUUACUACAAUAUAAAAUUGGGACCAGGAGUGGAAUCAUGUGUAGACAUACGACAAAAUGUUGGUCUUUGGCUUGGCGACCAAUUAGUGCGGUUAGCUUGGAUGCCACCAACAUAUAGCUUGAUUCUGAAUUUAAAUUCAACUAAUACUGGCCGAGCUUGUGUUGAUGAACAAAGAAUUUUAUUGACAACAUGUAAUAAAACCUUUAAUGAAAACCCAGCAAAAGAUCUUCUCAUCCAAUACGGUUUAGAUUCUGAAACAGCUGAAGAGAAAUGGCCGAAAUUGUACCCGAGAAAUUGCACAGACAUGACUAGCUCAGUGUUUUGCCUCCAUUUGUUUGACAAUGUUUACUACGGAGCAAAAGAGCAAAACAUUUUAAUAGAAACCCAAAUGAAAGAAAAGAUUACAGAAAGCGCUGAAAAUAUCGAAGAAAGUAAAACCUAUUUUGCGUGGAAUAAUAACACAAUCAUAAAACACAUGAUGCAACAUGCAUUUGCGCAUGAUCAUCAACGAAAUGAUUUCGGUAUAAAAAUGUCAAAUGUCCUUACUGAAUCUAGGAAAAAUUUAAAACCACCGGCAAAGCACGAACAGGAUUGCAGAACUUUAUUGAUGGCCAGUUACUUGGGUUAUACGGAAAAAGUGGUUCAACUUAUUAAUGAGUGCAAUAUACAUCCAGAUUUAACAGACGUACAGGGCAAUAAUGUCCUGAUGUAUGCUGUGUGCGGAGAUCAUGCAGAAAUCGUACAUUUUCUCGUGGAGGCCGGAGCUAAUAUUGAUAAUUAUAACGAUUGUUGUUGCACGGCCCUUUGCAUCGCUAUAAUACGAUACGUUUGUGCUUAUAAAAACGUAUCUGUUAGAUCCAUGGCACAAGCAUUGAUACCAGAAACAAGUUUGCUACCAAGUCCAGCUUUAGAAAAUGUAUGUGAAUGGUAUUUAGAAAAAAAUAUAUCAUCUCCCCAAAAACUUAACGGUCUCGGAAAAAAUCCAAGUAAAAUCUUAAAACCUCAGAAGAAAACAAAGUCUGCAAUGUCUCUUAGGGAUCAAUUUAAAAAAACUUUAAUAAACCUAUCUGUACAAGAUCAGACUUUAGAAAAAGAAGAGGCUGAUGUUGUGAAUAGUGAGGACGUAUUUAUGUCUAUUCUAGACGAAUAUUUAGCGAACAUAGCAGAGAUAUUUUCAAGACCUACAUCGGGAAGCAAUGUUACAUACCUUUUUUCAGUCAAUGAUAUAGCAAAUGAGAUGAUAGAUAGUGAAAUGGAAGAGCAAAAGAAAACUACUGAUAAAAAUGCUAAAAAAGGAACUCUAGUUCCACCCAAAGUACCCAAAUCUGUAAACGAGAUUCCUCAAAAAGAUACCACUGGUUCAGCAAAUUUUACAGACAGAAGUGAAAAUGAAAGCUGUCAAAGAUCGUUAACUACAGUAGUGCAGCUACUCUCGGAUGGAGCAGAUCCAAGGCUUAUACGAUGUCCGCAGCCAGCUCUCUUUAUGGCAGUAGCGUCAGGAAGUAGUGUCUUAGUCCAGCAUUUAAUCGACCAUGGUGCCAAUGCAAAUGAAUAUUAUUCACAUAUUCUAGGUUAUUCACCACUUGAUAUAGUCAUUUCCUAUCAGUUUACAAUGGAUGUUUUAAAUGUUGUGCGCGUGUUACUGGAAAACGGAGCGGAUGGCAAACACCGACUGCCAUACAAGCCUCGUGUUUCCUCCGAGUUAAUAACGCCAGGACCAACACUUUUGCAUGCGGUGCUAGCGAAGGCAGUUGACGGUUCAAUGGAAGAAGAGAUUCGUCGGGAGAUUCUUGAACUUCUACUGACUUACAAUUGCAGUCCCAUAGAACAAUUUAAUGGCCGUUCAGCAAUAGACGUAGCGAUGUCCAAAGGAGCUGACGUGUUUGAUGUAUUUAUAAGUCAUUCGAAAGUCGACCUUAAUGCAAUUAUAAAUCAAUCCAAACAAACUAUAUUAAUUAAAAUGUUUGCAUUGUCGUUUUUCAAGACAUUGGAAAAUAAGGAGCGUCUUGAAAUUUUGACAAAUUUGUUACUACGAGGCGCUGACCCUUUUCGACCUUGCCAAAAUGAAGCAGAGGAAUUUGAUAACUUUUUCGUAUACGCAAGAAAGUUUCUUGAUGGACUCGAUGGUACUGAUGUAAAACACAGUCCAUCUGUAAGUAAACAUGAACAAAAAGUGAAGAAAAAUGGUAAAUCUAACAUUGACAAAGGUGUAUCGAAACAGAAGGCAAUCCCGACAGAUAUUGAUGAAUAUAAACUGGCGCUACAACUUGUGAUGGAUCUGGGCCGACUCUCGCACGUUCGUUGGCUACGAGCAAAAUUUGUUACUGAAUUAAUUAGAACAAUCAAGAAAUUUAAACAUCGACACUGGAACAUGAUACUAAAAGAAAUUGAAGACAAAACGGGGAUCAGUUCAUGGCUUACGAUACCAGACUGUCUAGAAAUAUGGACAAACCUAAGUAAAAGAAUUAAAAAUGAUAAAACCGUUUUGAAAUAUCUACUCUGCAUUGUAUUUUAUUGUUGCCGAUACAUUAAUGAUAAAACUGACAUCGAAGUGAAAGUAACUGCCCAUGAAAAAGCUACAAUUGAAAAAGAAGUUCGGAAUUAUAUUCGUAAACAUGAAAUGGUGAAGGAUUUAACCACAAUAACUAAUUAUUACACCGCUAUUAAAGAAGCUAAAGAAGAUACAAUCAAAUACAACGUGUGCUUUGAAUGUUGUCUACCUUUAAAGGAAGAAAAAGUCGUAUGUUCCUUGUGCAAGAGUGUUUAUUUUUGUAACAAUGAAUGUAUAAAAUUAAAUGUGGAUAGAGACGACUGUCACCCCUGUAGCUAUAAUUUAAAGAAAAUGUAUUUUUCAAAUUCUAACAGCGACUCUAAUUUUGGAUCACGAAGCCAAAAUUCAUAAUAUUCAAGCUUAGCUUAUAUUUUUUUUAAACAUCUGUACGAACCUAAAACGCAUAGUUGAUACAUUAGAUUUGUACAGCUUUGAUUAUUUUUAAUAAAAUAAUUUUAUAUUUCUUAUUUUGUUCCCUAAUAUAAUUAUAAAUAAA